UUCUUUUGCCUCGCGGGUGUUUCUUCAUUCAUGAGCACGAACUGCGAAGCGUCUCGUUGUAAAGCUAAGCUCCCCCGGCCAUGGAGGCUACGCUUCUCAGCCCAAGCUUCUUCCAUUGCGGACCUUUCGCCAUCAAACGCAGUUUCUCUCGAGGAUUGGAGAGGGAAGGAAUUCUAUCAAAUUGUCCACCGUGUGAGGGAACUCGGUUAUCCCUUAAGACGACUUAUUUGCAACCCGGCAGUGGACACCUGCUGCUGAACAACAGGCAUUUUCCCUCAAGAGCAAGGCAAAAGUUCUCUGUUUACUGUUCAAACCUGAAUGACCAGGCUGCAUCUUUGCAUUCUCUUACCCUUGAAGCUGUUCCAGCGAGAUCAGAAGCAGGAGAAGAGUCUCCCAAUUUUCACGAUCUGAGUAGCUCUGGGAUUCUUCAAGCAAAACCUAAAGCAUUUAGAAAUAGAUUUUUGAACUUCGUCCGUCUAAGCUCUGUCCUCAAUAAUGCUGCUGAAUAUUUUUUUAAAAGCGAGAUGCGGAGAAGAUUAUUUGUGACAGCAGCAUUGCUUGUGCUAAGUCGUGUCGGCUAUUUCAUUCCUUUGCCCGGAUUUGACAGACGAGCGAUGCCUCAAGAUUAUCUCAGCUUUGUGUCAGGAUCUGUCGAUGAACUUGGUGAUUUGACAACAGAGCUUAAGUUGUCAUUUUUCCAGCUUGGGAUCAGUCCCCAGAUAGUAGCAUCAAUUCUUAUGCAGGUGCUUUGUCAUGUUGUUCCCUCCUUGGUAAAGCUGCGGAAAGAAGGCUUAGAUGGCCACGAGAAGAUUAAGAGUUAUAUAUGGUGGAUUUCCCUUGGUUUUGCAAUACUGGAGGGUUUCAUUGUGUCUUGUUAUUCUCUGCCAUAUUCAAUUUACGCUACCACUAGCAGGGUCAAGCAUGUUAUGGUGACUACUCUUUUAUUGGUCUGCGGGGCAAUGACCAUGACUUGGAUAUGUGACACAAUAUCAGAGUCAGGAUUUGGUCAAGGAUCAUCUCUGAUUAUAUGCUUGGGAAUAUUAACUGGUUACAAAGACACCUUGCUCAAGGUGUUAUCUAAUCUCUCAGGAAGUGCUGUGAGUUGGUGGCCUUAUGUGCUGGCAGUUUUGGGUGUUUUCACUACAGUUACUAUGUGGGCAGUUGUUGUGACAGAGGGCUGCAGAAAAAUUAAGCUGCAGUACUAUGGUUUUAAACUUGCAUCUUCAGCAAGAGGUGAUUCCCCGAUCACAGAAGUGGAGCCCUAUAUCCCCUUCAACAUCAAUCCAUCCGGAAUGCAGCCUGUUCUGACCACUUCAUAUCUCUUGGCAUUUCCCAGCAUUCUUGCGAGUAUCCUGGGUUCACCUUUCUGGGAGCGCAUCAAGCAGAUUUUGAACCCUGAAAAUUCAAUUGGUGCUGAGCCGUGGGUUUACUAUUCGAUAUAUGCUUUUUUCGUUUUCUUGUUCAACAUAUUUGACAUUGCCAACUUGCCAAAGGAAAUCGCUGAUUACUUAAAUAAGAUGGGUGCCCGAAUACCAAAUAUUAAGCCUGGGAAGGCCACCAUUGAAUACCUUACCAAGAUCCAAGCGUCGUCUCGUUUUUGGGGUGGUCUAUUGUUAUCGAUUCUAGCAACUACAUCCAGCAUUUUGGAUCACUACUUACGCCGAAUUAAUGAGGGAUUUGCAAUCGGGUUGACAUCUGUGUUAAUCAUUGUGGGUUCGAUCAUUGAAUUAAGAAGAUCCUACCAGGCAUACAACGUAAUGCCCAGUUUAAGCAAAGCUCUUAAACGAUAUGGUGUAUGACAUAACCAGAGGAGAGCAAGUCUCUGUUUCAAAGGGAACAUCGCAAGUUUUCUCAUGAACAUGGAAGAACCUACUACUCUGCUCUAAUCAUCCUAUGUUCCCCUGUGUCUUCCGCUUGCCAAUGCAAAGGAGAAGGCUCCUGCAACGACCGAAGUGGCAGUACCGGUGCCCACUGCACUGGCUUGCAAGGACCGAAGAUUGAAAACUGGACUAAGCCUUGUAAUGUUAUGAGAAAAGGCAUUGUCUUCAACCUGGUUUGAUGACCACAAGCUUGUCAAUCUGGGUUAUUCCCCACUCUGUGGUAACCACGUAGUUAGAGGUCGCUGCCCGUCUUGUGUAAGGUCGAGCAUCCAGAAUCUUGUCAAUGAUUAUCAUCGAGUCGUGCAUAAGUGAGAGGCCUUCAGGACCUGGGCAGUACUCUGAUUUGCUUAAAGGUGUAUAUUACCGGACUUGUUACUCGGUGUUUUCCCGCCUCGGAUACUUACAUGUCGCUUUCCUGCGACUGAAAGUUGCAUAUUAACUUUCGAUCAGCAUUCGUUUGUGUUAUUAUCCAGCGGUUUGGCAAUCUAAUUUGUAAAGUUUGUGCUCUUAUCAUGGUUCAUUAGCUAAACUCCUCUCAUUCGACUCACAUAUGUGAUUACCUUAAUACACACCCUCAAUUCGUUGGUACAUAGACUCGUGCGUCCCUGAAUUUAAGCUCUGAGCUCUCUUUUGGUUA